CGUCCAUGCAUAGAACAUGUCUUAAUAUAGCAUUACAUUUUAAACAGUAAAUGCUGUUAAGAGCUAAAUAAUUCAGCUCAUUAAAAGUCAAUCACUUCGUUAAUUGCAUAUACAAUCAAAGUAAUAUCCAUAAUUUUUAAGCGUUGAUUUGUUAUUUAGUCCGCAAAAAGUAGUCCGCUGAGAUGAACGUCAAAAGGCUUUUAAUAUUGAUUGAAGUGUUUUUGGGGACUGCACUGCUGGCCGAAGUCCGUGCAGAGAUGAAUGCCUACAUGACAAAACUGGAAUGCAUUAAUUACCUGCCAGAAUUGAUAACUAACGUUAGUUGCUAUCUAAACAAAACAGCUGCACAAACGAACAAAAGAACUGCCUCAUUAUAUAUAGAGUUCGCGUUGACCCAAGAUGUUCGAGACGUUGAAGGCGUUUACGUAUUGACCAUGAAAAGAGGUUCCCACUUGACCAACUUUACUACCCUUAAGCUAGACUAUUGUCAUUUGUUAUCGAGUGUUGAGUCGCAGUUUUUACUGCGGAUGGUCACCACUCAGGUUCGCAGAGUUGGCAAUUUGCCACUGGAAUGCCCUUUUAAGGGGAAUCAACAAUAUUAUAUAAGGGGAUUUACCAUCAAUUCAAAACUUAUUCCCAGCUACUUGCCCGAAGUGAAUUUUAUUUCGGACGCCCAAAUAAAUCUCAAGGAUCGCAAGGCAUGUCGAAUAAUUAUCCAUGGCCGCCUUUUCCGUCGUCAUUAA